AUAAAUCAGUGUACUGCAACGUAUCGCCAACAAUGUUUCUUGCUCUCCCCUCCUCAUCCGCACUCUUCCUCCUGUGUAGUCUCUUCUUCCUCCUCCACUCCCAUCCCGUCGCCGCUAAUGAACUCCUCGGCCAACUUUGCGGCAACGGCAACUACACAGCCAACAGCACCUACAAGACCAACCUCGACAUCCUCCUCCUCUCUCUCACCUCCAGCGCCGCCGUCUCCGGUGGCUUCAACAGCACCACGAUCGGCCAGUUUCCCAACCAGAUCUAUGGUUUCACCCUAUGCCGUGAAGACGUCAACUCCUCCCUGUGCAUCUCCUGCCUCAAAACAGCUUCUGAUGGCAUCGUCAGCCUCUGCCCCUCUACGAUCGAAGCUGUCGUCUGGUACGAUUCAUGCCUCCUCCGCUAUUCCAACCAGCUUUCCCUAUCGCCAACAGAAUCGUCAAAGGAAAUAGUCGUGUGGGGUAACGACAUGACGACGGACGUUCCCCUGUUCGCGAACCUAGUGAACGAGCUUCUGAGUACUAUAGCCGAUUGGGCCGCGUACAACACGCCGAGGAUGUUCGCCACCGGGGAGGUGAAUUUCACGACGGAUUUUCCGACGAUAUACGGCCUGGUGCAGUGCAGGCCAGACCUGGGGGCAGACCGGUGCCAGCAGUGCCUUCAGGAGAUACUCAAUUUGAUACCGGCGUGGUUAGGUCAGAAGGCGGGGGGGAGGGUGUUACGGGUGGACUGCAAUUUUAGAUACGAGGUCUACAAGUUCUACGACGGGACAUCCAUCCGACAGCUUGGUUCGCCGACCGCUGGAGAGAAAGGUAACAAAAAGAAUGUAACAGGUCUGGUUCUUAAAAUUGCUGUACCUCUAGUGUCAUCAUCCUUGCUAAUCUGCGUUACCUACAUUUGCUUCUGGAAAAGAAGGAAGCCGGCAAAAAAUUUACUCUUAGAUGAGGACAACCUAGAGGAGAUCACACAUGCUGAGUCACUAUUACUUGAUCUAUCUAUGCUGAGAGCUGCGACCGCCAACUUCUCUGAAGAAAACAAACUUGGAGUAGGUGGUUUUGGUGCAGUUUACAAGGGAAAACUACCCAAUAGGCAAGAAUUUGCAGCAAAGAGGUUAUCAACGACUUCGAGGCAAGGACUAGCAGAGCUAAAAAAUGAACUAGUUUUAGUUGCUAAGCUCCGGCACAAAAAUCUUGUAAGGCUUCUGGGUGUUUGUUUGGAAGAACAAGAGAAGUUGCUUGUCUAUGAAUAUGUGCCUAAUAGAAGUCUGGAUACCAUUCUUUUUGAUCAUAUAAAACGGGAACAGCUACAUUGGGAAAGAAGGCACAAGAUCAUCCGUGGAAUUGCUAGAGGCCUCCAGUACCUACAUGAAGAUUCUCCACUAAAAAUAAUACAUCGGGAUUUAAAAGCCAGCAACAUAUUACUAGACGCAGACAUGAAUCCUAAGAUAUCUGAUUUUGGUUUGGCUAGGCUUUUUGGUGGAGACCAAAGUCAAAGCAUCACAACCCGAGUUGUUGGAACAUUUGGAUAUAUGGCACCAGAGUAUGUUAUGUAUGGGCAAUUUUCAAUCAAGUCAGAUGUAUACAGCUAUGGAGUGCUUGUUUUAGAGAUUAUAACAGGCAGGAAGAACAUUAGCUUCUCAAAUUCAGAAAGUGGCAAAUCUCUUCUGGCCUAUGUAUGGGAGCAAUGGAAAGGAACAGUUUUGGAGAUACUGGAUCCAUGUUUAGGCAAACAUUGCCCAACAACUGAAGUGUUAAGAUGCAUUCAGAUUGGACUAUUGUGUGUUCAGGAGAAUCCAACAGACAGACCCGACAUGUCAACAAUCGUUAUGAUGCUCUACAGCGAUCCUGUUUCCAUCGGAGCUCCUUCCAGACCAGCAUUUUGUAUUAGACAGAGUUUCAUGGAUUCAUAUACUCAUUCAAAUGAUAGGUUGAUACCGGUGUCAGUAAAUGAGGUGUCAAAUACGGAACUUGUACCUAGAUAA